UCUACGCUGCCAGCCUGUCCCGGGGAAACAUUUUGGUGAGUUGCGCUUGGCCACGUGUGCAGCCUGUCACUCUGCCUCUCUUUCCUCUGGGUCAGAUGGUAAGGCCUUACCCCCUGAUCUACUUCCUCUUCCUGCCGCUGGGUGCCUGCUUUCCUCUACUGGACAGAAGAGAGCCCACAGACGCCAUGGGUGGCCUCGGAGCCGGAGAACGCUGGGCUGACCUGGCCACGGGGCCCCGACCCCACUCCGUGUGGGGUUCCUCUCGGUGGCUGAGAGCUUCACAACCACAGGCCCUGCUUGUCAUAGCCAGGGGGCUGCAGACAUCGGGCAGAGAGCAUGCUGGCUGCAGAUUCUGCUUCGGGAGGCAGGACGAAGGCAGUGAGGCCACCGGCUUCCUCCCUGCUGCGGGGGAGAAGACCAGUGGCCCGUUAGGGAACCUGGCUGAGGAGCUCAAUGGCUACAGCAGGAAGAAAGGCGGCUUCAGCUUCCGCUUCGGUCGGCGGUGAAGGGCCAGGACGCCUUGGAAGGAUUUGCUUCUUGGACUCACCCCCAUUGUCUUCACUCCUGCCUUCUCCCCCAGUCUCAAAGACCACGACACCCAGAUGAUGUAGGCUUGGUUACGAUGAACGAUCCACGGUAGGACAGGUUAGGUGUGUGCUUACUUUUGAUUUCCAACUUUGCUGAAGCGAAAAACUAGGCAGUGUCAAAAAGGAGGCUGUCUUGGAGCCUCGGUCGUCCCAGCCUCUCUCUUCCCCUGGGGCUUUGACUCCGAGCAGCCCCCUGGCCCCAGGGGCACGGAGCUGAGGCUGUGGCUGGGCCAUGAGUGUGAAUAGCAGAGCGAGGCAGCGGGCUGAGUGCUUACAGUUGGGUAAUCAAAGUUGUGACAGUCUCUAUAGGGACGACUGCAGCUGACAUCAGAGUGCAAAUGAGUGCAUUCCACUGGGUACAGAGGAUGGUUCUGAAAGUUAAAAAUGGGAAAAAAGAACCCGAUCCCCUUCUCCAUGCCAUGAGCACAAGAUCCCCCUGGCAAGAAGCCCCUGCUGUGGUUUGACUGCCCCUCUGACCGCAGCCCUUCUCCGCGGCCCAGUGUUAGCCCGGCCAGGAGUCUUCUGGGAGAUGCGUUGGGAAGGAAUCCGUUUUUGCUAUAGCAAGGUUGCAUUUCACAUGUUCAAAAUCGGAAUAUGUCGUGUGUAUCUUUUCAAAUAAAAGUUGUGACAACUGCAAAA